GUAUGCCAUCUGUUUUAUACAUAAAAAAAAGGAUAAUACAAAAAAUUCAACAAUUUCAUAAUAAAGGCAACGUGUCUAAUUUGAUCAUAUCAUACAGUCAUUACUCACUACUAUAUGUGAUAUGAUGACAAACUUUGUAAUUAUUAUAUUUAAUCUUUAGAGAGAGAGAGAGAGGGAGGGAUCGAAUUGAAGCUAGUGCAAAGGUAACAAAGGAGAAGCAACCAGGAGGACACAUCGAAAGAAAAACAUAACAACAUACAAACGAAGCAGAUUGUGAUUUUGACAAUGAUGAUGUUAACAAUAAUAGUUGCAGUUGUGGUUGUGUUUGUGACAUUGAUCCUCAUUUCAUUCCUCCAAACACUAAGCCUCAAAACUCCUGCCUUCACAAAUUGGCCUUUUAUUGGUAUGUUACCACAAUUCCUUAGGAACUUAUCAAACAUUCAUGAAUUUUCAGCUAAAUUGUUGAAUUCAAAAGGUGGCACAAUAGAGUUCAUAGGACCUUGGUUUACCAACAUGAAAGGUGUAAUCACAACCGAUCCAAUGAAUGUGCAUCACAUAAUGAGUAAGAGCUUCACCAACUAUGUCAAAGGUGAUUUAUUUCGUGAAAUGUUCAAACCUUUUGGAGUUGGAAUUUUCACUACCGAUUCACAUUUAUGGAAAUUCAAUAGAAACCUUCUUCAAUAUAUUUUUAAACAAAGAAGUUUUGAAGAUCUUCAAGAGAGAAUCAUUCACAACAAAGUUGAGACAUCAUUGAUUCCACUAUUGAAUCAUGUCCAACAACAAAAAGGUUUGAUUGUUGAUUUACAAGAUAUCUUCAAUAGGUUCACAUUUGAUAACAUUUGUUCCAUAAUUCUUGGACAUGAUCCUAAUUGUCUUUCCAUUGAUUUCCCCGAAAUCGAAUGUGAAAAGGCUUUUAACCAAGCUGAAGAAUCCAUCUUCUAUAGACACACCGUGCCACUUUGUGUUUGGAGGUUGCAAAAAUGGCUUCAAAUUGGUGAAGAGAAAAAAAUGACUGAUGCAUGCAAAGUAUUUGAUCAUUUUUUAUAUGAUUGUAUAGCAUCAAAGCGCGAAGAGCUUACAAAAAAUUCUAACAAAAAUCAAAAUAUUGAAACUGAUGAAUCGCAUGUUGAUUUGUUAACAUAUCUGAUUACAGAAGAAGAGAAAAAAGGCGAAUCAAAUGAUGACAAGUUUCUAAGAGAUGCUGCAUUCAAUCUUUUUGUAGCGGGGAGAGAUACUAUCACUUCAUCGCUUACAUGGCUCUUUUAUCUCGUUGCUACACACCCUUUAGUCGAAGCCAAGAUUCUUGAAGAGAUAAAAGAAAAAUUUGGACACAAAGAGAAGCCUUGGAUUUUAAAUGUUGAUGAGGUGAAAAAUCUUGUUUAUCUCCAUGGUGCUAUAUGUGAAGCAUUGAGGCUUUUUCCUCCUAUUCCUUUUGAGAGAAAGGAAUCAGUUGAAAAGGAUGUACUUCCAAGUGGCCAUCAUGUUCAUCCAAAUACAAUGAUUUUGUUUUCUUUGUAUGCAAUGGGAAGAUCUGAAAAUAUUUGGGGAGAAGAUUGCUUGGAGUUCAAGCCAGAGAGGUGGAUUUCAGAACGAGGGGGCAUUGUUUAUGCCCCUUCUUAUAAAUUCUUUAGUUUUAAUGCAGGACCAAGGACUUGUUUGGGAAAAGAUUUGGCCUUCAUUCAAAUAAAAAUGGUGGCUGCUUCUAUUUUGUGGAAUUAUGGUAUCCAUGUGGUGGAAGGUAAUUGUGUAACUCCUAGUCUUUCUAUUGUACUUCUCAUGAAACAUGGUCUCAAGGUUAAGAUAACCAAAAGGGGAGUUUAAUUUGAUGGAGCUAGCAAAUAAAUUGAAAAUUCUUAUGUAAUAGGACAUGUGUGAAAAUAUAUGUCUUGUAUGUUUUCAUAAAAUAAAUAAGAAUAGUACUAUUAGUGAAAA